GGAAGUAGACUUUUUUUUUUUGUCUUGAAGUGAAAUGUUGCCAAAUGCAUGCAACUCUAGUCUGAAGUGAAACGCGUUGAUGGUAAAGUUUUAUUGCCAUGUCGGACACUUUGGACCGGUCCACAAAGAUCAACCUGCUGAAGGAGCCGGUGGUGAAGAAGCUCUGCGAGGUGUUGGACAAGUCCCGCAAUAAAGGAUGGCGAAAACUUGGAGAGAUAGUCGGCAGUGACAGGCGGUAUAAAGUCAGCUCAGACGACAUGGAGAUGUUCCUGAAGGUGCUGCAGCUGGAGGGAAGCCCGAGCCGCAUGCUGCUGAGGCUGAUGGGAGAGCGAGGCUGCACCACGGGUCACCUGGUCGACUACCUUCAAACUCUGGGCAACUCAGAGGGCCUGCAGUGCCUGAAGCCAUCAGCCCUGCAGAUCCUCAUUCAGCCCCAGUCGGUGGCUCUUAUAUCUGGACACAAUCUUCGCCUGAGCUGCCACGCUGUGGGCAAAUCUCCAGUACAGUACCAGUGGUUCAAGACCAAGGAAGAGGUGCCGAACAGCUUCUCCUCAGACCUGGUGAUAAGUCCAGUCCACCUGAAGGACACUGGCUUUUACAUCUGCAGGGUCAACUGCGGAGAUACUUUUGAGUUCAGCCAGUGGGCUCAAGUGGACGUCCUGAAUGUCACCAUGUCUUGCGGGCAGAGUUAUCAUUCCUUAGAGGGUCGGCUGAAGUUGGUGAUCCAGCCUCGGUCCCAGCGGCUAAACGUUGGGGAAAUCCUGCAGCUGGAGUGUGGAGCUGUGGGACGGCCGAUCCCUCGAUACCAGUGGCACCGAAAUGGAGUUCCAGUACCCAACGCCACAAAGCGGAAACUGAUGAUUCCUCACUCGAUGCAGGAUCACCACGGCAGGUAUCGCUGUGAGAUCAGCAGCAGCACCGAGAGAAUGUGGACCAAUGAAGUUGACGUCUUGAUCGAUGAUGUCUACGCCAUUGGAGGAGCAUCCAGUGAAUUUUUCCUGAAUAAUAUUCCAGAACAACUUCAUGCAACUGACAAAGUGGCCCUGCUUAUCGGCAACCUGUCUUACCAAAACCACCCGCAGCUCAAAGCUCCCAUGGUGGACGUGUACGACCUCACCAACCUGCUGCGGCAGCUAAACUUCCAGGUGGUUUCACUGCUCGACCUCACAGAGUCGGAGAUGAGAAACGCUGUCGACGAGUUCCUGUUGCUGCUUCACAAAGGCGUCUAUGGUCUGCUGUACUACGCUGGUCACGGAUAUGAGAACUACGGCAACAGUUUCAUGGUGCCGGUAGACGCACCAAACCCAUACCGGUCGGCCAACUGCUUAUGUGUGCAGAGCAUCCUUAGACUGAUGCAGGAGAAGGAGACGGGCCUCAAUGUUUUCCUGCUGGACAUGUGCAGGAAGAGGAAUAUUCAUGAUGACAGCGCUCCAAACAUUGUCCUGAGGGUCACGGCAAACAUCGUCUUUGGAUACGCCACGUGCCAGGAUGCCGAGGCCUUCGAGCUGAGCUCCAGCGGCUUCACCAACGGAGUGUUUGUCAAGUUUUUGAAGAAGCGGCUCCUAGACGACGAGAAGAUCACCGUGGUGCUGGACAGAGUCGCUGAGGACAUGGGUCAGUUUGAUGCCACGAAGGGCAAGCAGGCCCUGGAGAUCCGAAGCAGUCUGUCAGAGAGGAGAGCGCUGACCGAUCCUAUCCUGCCCGGCGACUGUACCGAUCUCGAUCUUGCUCACGCUCGCAGCCUCCAGUGGGCGAAGGCUCACGAGCUCCCUGAGAGUAUGUGUCUCAACUUUGACUGCGGGGCUCAGAUCAAGUUGGGCUUCGCUGCAGAGUUCUCCAACGUCCUCAUCAUUUACACUCACAUCGUUAAGAAGCCCGAGGACAUGGCCUUCUGCCAGGCUCACGUCACCGACUUCUCCCAGGACCUUGAUGUUGAUCCUAAAGAGAUGAACAGAGAGACUCCAGAGGAGACGGGCAUCUACCUUCUGUCCAGCAACUUGCCGCAGCACUGCCUUUACACCAGAGUCAGCUCACUGCAGAAGCUCAGGGAGGAGCUGGUCUUCACCGUGUGCCUUCAGGGAACCUUCACCACCAUGGAGGACGAAUCCGUCCACUGGAGCAAAAGCAUCAACAUUGGCAAGCCGCUGAUCGCCCGACUGGACCUGAACCGGUCCGUGCGGCGCAAUAGCUGCCUGCAGACCUGCAUGAUGCCCCACAGCCCGUCACACAGCCCCUGCCACAGCCCCGGGCCUGAACACCACCUCCACCUCCACGGGUCGAACCAGGCCCAGGACUACAACCGCCUGUCACCGCAACAGCACUACCUGGACGUCUUUGAGCACCAGGGAGCAGUGGGAGGCUUCAGGGAUUCUACAACGUUUGCCAACUACGACAACGUUGGCAAAUCUUGCUAUGGACCCGCGUACGACUCAGCUGAUGGGCUUUCAAGCUCACCGGGGAGGCUCAGCAUCCCGAUAGAGACCACAGACGACAUCAACGAGCUGCAGACUGUGUUCAUCAACAGUCUGCAGCUCCAGCAGCAGUGAAAGCUGUAAAUGUCUAACGUCGUAUUUGGAAAACCGCUGCUCUUUCUUUUAACGUGACCUAAAACAAUAUUUUAGAAUAUCGUAUUCUUCCAGUUAUUAGCAUUAUUUGCCUCAACAGGCUGUAGACUGACUUUUGUACUUGAGUUUAAAAGAGUUGUGUAAAUAAAUGUUAAGAAGACUGAAAAAGUGUACUUCAGUAAACUUAGAUUAUUGCUGCAGUCGUGUUUUGUAGAGUUGUCUAUUUACCAAAAACUAUAAAGCAAAGAUACUGGAUCGAAAUUAUCAAGAUCAGACAUGUCUGAUAUUUUUCUCAGAGCUUACUAAUGUUUGUUUAAGAAUCUGAGCUAAAUGUGCAGGGGUGGCAGUAGCAUUAAGAUCAAGAAGAUAAGGUUUGACGCAAUCUGCACAUUGCAACAUUUGUUCAUGUAUCUAGUCUAAAAAAUGAUUUGUAGUCAGAGGAAAUAUCACAAUCAUUUUGCAAUAUAAUAAACCAGAGGAAAGACAGUGAUCGUUAAAAACAAUCCGUCAGAUUAAAAACUUUCCACAGUUAUUCUUCUUCUGUUUUUCUAUCUUAUCCCCCUCAGGAUGGCAGUAGAAGGCCUCUCUAUUAGGUCUUUCUUCCCACUGGU